UGGGGGGCGGCACGUGAGGGGGCCGCUUCCUCCUCCUCCUCCUCCUCCUCAGGGCCAUCCAGGCCGCCUGACGGUGCCAUGAGCGCGCCCGGGGGCUGCCCGGGGGUCGCCCGCCUUUCCUCAAGCCCCGCCGGCGUCCGAGCCCAGCCGUAACUAGCGGCGGCGGCGGCGGCGGCUCUGCUGGGCCGCGGAAGACGAAGGGAGAUGCUCCGCCGGCCUUCCGUCUCCACGCGGGCGUUUUUGCGCCUUUAGCCGCUCCUUUCGCCUCAGGGAGGGGGGGGGCACUUUCAGAAACCCCUCCCCCUCUUUUAUUUCUUUUCUUUUUUUUUCCUGCGGGGAGGGGCGUGUUUUUUUUUGACUCCCUCCGCCCCGAAGAGACCUGUGUGUGUGUGUGUGUGUGUGUGUCUACUCCACUCCUUCCUCCCUCCCUCCCUUUUUUUUGAGGGGGGGUGGCUUGCUCGCUUUGGAGGAGUGGUUGUUUUUUUUUUUUCUCCCCUCCCCUUUCACACCCCCCUCCCCACCCACCCUCGCCCCAUUUAUAAAUCCGCCUCUCGGCUUCCUAAAAGGAAAGCUUAAAAUUAAAAAGUGCCCACCAAAAGCUGCCUCUGGGAGGGAAAUAGCCAGGUGAAAAAGCGCACUCAGUUUCCAUGGACAACCCGUCCAUUAUCACCCAGGUGACAAACCCCAAAGAAGAAGAAAUCCUGUCUUGCUCUCAGGAUAAAGUGUCCCAAUGUAAUCUCAGUUUGAAAAAGCAGAGGAGCAGAAGCAUCUUCAGCACUUUAUUCUGCUGCUUUCGUGACUACAAUGUUGAGACGCCAUCUCCUAACAGCACCAGUGUCCUUCCUCCAUUGGUGGAAGAAAAUGGCGGGCUUCAAAAGGGUGACCAGAUGCAGGUCAUUCCCAUUCCAAGUCCACCAGCUAAAUACCUCUUGCCAGAAAUGACAAUAUCUGAUUACGGGAAGAAAUGCGUGGUCAUUGAUCUUGAUGAAACAUUAGUGCAUAGUUCCUUUAAGCCAAUUAGUAAUGCUGAUUUCAUCGUUCCUGUUGAAAUUGAUGGAACUAUACAUCAGGUUUAUGUGUUAAAACGGCCACAUGUGGACAAAUUUCUUCAGAGAAUGGGAGACCUUUUUGAAUGUGUGCUAUUCACAGCCAGCCUAGCAAAAUACGCGGAUCCAGUGGCAGAUUUGUUGGACCGUUGGGGUGUGUUUACGGCUCGACUCUUCCGGGAAUCCUGUGUUUUCCACAGAGGAAAUUAUGUGAAAGAUCUUAGCCGGCUUGGACGAGAAUUGAGCAAAGUCGUCAUCGUAGACAAUUCUCCUGCAUCUUACAUCUUCCAUCCUGAAAAUGCUGUGCCUGUUCAAUCCUGGUUUGACGACAUGACAGACACAGAAUUGUUAGACCUUAUUCCUUUCUUCGAAGGGUUAAGCAGAGAAGAGGAAGUCUACACCAUGCUCCAUAAACUGUGUAACAGGUAGUUAGUCCCCUGAACACCUGUCCUGUUGCAUCACCCGAAGCAUCUCUCAGAGACUGCUCUGGAUAAACCUUCAAAAUGCUUCUGACCUUCCCUCUGCCAUAAAAGACAAUCGCGACCCAGGGCUUCUAAAUCAUGAGAUUGACUAGUGCUCCGUGAGGUGAACGGAUUACUUCGCAAAACAAAAAUCAUGAAAAAGAAGCUAUUUUGAAUGGGACGCUUAAAGCAUUUCGUAAAACAGGCGCGUUUUACAAAUUCUGCUUUUUUUUUUUCCCCUUGAAACAUGCCAAAAAAAAAAAAAGAAAGAAAAAAAUAUGAACGCUUGGUGUUAACUUCAGUCAAGUCAUUCCCCCUCCCCCCCCCCCCCCCCGCUCCCAGCUCAUCCUGCUAUGCAGAGUGUUUUUUCCCACCCUGCCCUGCUUCAUUAGAGCAGUUGACCUGACUCUGAACUUAAUUUCUUCCAGGAUGAAGUGCCUUUUUGAAUGUUGUUUUAAGAUUUACAACAAAAAAAAAAAAUCACUUUUGUACAAGAGGUAUUUCCAGAAUCUUUCAGUCUUGUAUUGUUUAAAUGCUUGAAGAAGAAAAAGAGACAAAGAGUUGGGAGACUUUUUUUUUUUUUUAUAGAGCAACUUAAAACUACGGAAUCAAAGAAGAAAUUUGGGGAAGGUUGUUACUUUCCUUAAAAUAUCAAUGGCUAUAUUUUGUACCGCAUUUGAAGCCCCAUACCAAUAGGUAGAAGUAAAUGGGGUAAUAUCUAAGUUGGAGAUGCAGCUCCCUUACUAAUUUGGAUGAUGUUUUGCACUUAGAUUAGGGCAUAUCUGCAUUUUUUUUUUAAAUGGAAUAUAGCAAAAUGGAAUGGGAAGUGCCCUCCCUUGCAAGUCCACAUUCCCUUCAAGAAGAGUCUUUGAUUGUGUUUGCUAACGCACAACUGCCAGGUGUUUCUGAGGUCAGGGAUAAAAUAGAGAGAAAGCAUAGAAGACAAUGAGUGUAUUUGUUCAGCGUGAAAUAUUUAUAGUGAGGUAUUGCAAACGAUGCUCUAAAGUCCCAGGGAAAGCGAAGUUUCUUCCCAUAACCCUCCUUCCUUUCCAUGGCCCUGGUGGGAGACAUUUCCCUUUAUAUUUUUAUUUUUAUUGUGCCCUGUAUUUUUGUUUUUCCUCUUAAUUGCUGCUAACGAAGGCUCACCAAAUGGAACUGAACUUUGGCUGUUAUACUGUUCUUUGCCGCUGUGCCUCUGCUACUGGAAUUUCAAAAGCCCUUUACAUCCUUAGUUUCUGGCCAACGCAGUCACGUCUUAAUCAAUUAAUAUAUAUAUAUAUUUAAUUCGGGGUUGUCACCGGUGUUUCCACAAUGGAAUUUUUCUUCCUUUCAUGCUUCUUCCAUUUUUGUUAAAAAAAAAAAGAAAAAUAGGGAUGUUAGUUCUGUACUUUAUUUCUAUGAUGGAACAUUUGAUUCUUCUUUUUCUUUCUAAACUGAUCUACAGUUGUUGUGUGGCGAUCCUUAGAAUUAACAGCGUUUAGGGAAAAUUGGGUUGUUGGAGUGAAAUUUUUUUAGUAUUUUUAUUUUAUUUCUUAGUAUAGAACAAGGGUUGAUCUUUUUCUAAAAACCACAACCCUGUUAAGUAAAUUGGUCUGAGAGAAAGCACAAUUGCACCAUUCUGGGUAUUCUUUUUUUUAUUUUUUAUUUUUUUUUUUUGGUCAAGGUCAUCAAAUCAUUCUCUAUUGUUUAGAUGUAUGCAUUUUUUUUUUCAUCCUUGGAGGGAAACAUUGUGUAAAUAUCAAGAAUGUUGGUCUUCUCUGUGUUUGUUUGUUUCUCUCUCUCUCUCUCUCUUUUGGACCUCUAUAAGAGGGUGCAUUUCAGUCGUAUAUUUCCAUCUUCCUUGUAAAUUCAUUUUUAUUCUUUUUUACACCAACCGAAGCCCUUUGAAAUGCUCAAAUUAGCCAUAGUGGACAAGAACUGUCUUUAAAACAUUUGGUGCUUAUCCCAGUAAAAAAAACACCUCUCAGAUGCUGAAAUUACAGGUUCUUGCUCCUUGCCUUUGCCUAGUUUUAGUUGAAUUUGUUACAAAGGUUACAAAAAACAAACAAACAAAAAAGAAUCAGCUAAGAAAUAGAUGGGCCCCUCUUUUUGGAGUGAGCAUUCAGGCCAACAUCCAUAGGCAGAAAACAGGUGAUCGGAGGCACAGUAAAACGAAAAAGCCAAAAACCAGAUAUUUGACAUCAUCGAAGGGAUUUUUAAUCAGUGUUUGGAGAGCUCUACCAGUAUUGUAUAAGCAAGACAGUCCUAUAUGAACCCCAAAGGAUUGCCUCUGCAUAUAUCUUCAUUUGAUUUACUGAAGGUUCUUCUUUUAAUUGUACGUCGUGUCUGCUAAGAAUCUGAUAUUUUCAGAAUAAUAACAUCUGGAGUGUUGGUGAUUUCCUUUGCUUUUUUCUUUCUUUCCUUCUUUCUUUUGUUUGUUUGAAGUUUUAUUUGAGCUUAAUUUUAGUGAGAUCUUUAAUUUGGGUAUUUGAGUUCAAAAUAGUGGAGCAUUUAUACUGCCAAAGCGUGUUCUCUAAGCAGUAUUUUUUUUCUACUGUAUUUCUGGCUUUCUGAGCCUCAGAUACAGUCUGCAGGGAAAAAGAAUUCAGGUUGUAACAGGGGCAAAUACGAUGGCAAUGGUUGGUAUUAAGUUGAAGAAAAAUUGCAGUGUUUUUUCUGGCUCAUCUUGAAUAUUUUGAACUUCCCAACAACCAGUUUCCAUCAUAUCUUGCCCUUACUAAUAAUGUGUGUCUUUGACAGUUUUAUGCGAUCAGUUUGUGCAUAACACAGGCCGUUUUGUUUGACUUCGCUUUUUUAUAAAAUCAGUGGGUUUUUUUUUCCUCUCUAUCCAGUUGCCUUAAAUGUCUGUGAAUGAAUGUUGAUUAUGAAAAAUGUCUUGUAACAUGAUGGGAAUCCCACAUCCAACAGACAACAGAACUUCCAGUGGGGGUCCCAAUUCUAAUAAAUUGUGGGAUGUGGAAAUUGAUCAGUUUUUGGAAAAUCAUAGUUAUAACAAUCUGGUGCCUUUUCCUUACUUGGGCACAAUUUCAUUCUGAAGCUCCUCAUAUUCAUAUAGUCCUGAGAAUACAGGAUGUUAUUCAUGGAAGGCCAAAGAAAACCUGUUUUAAAAUGUAGGCACUACUUCUGUUUGCGCUGGAUUUUCUGAGACAAUACAAUUUUGGGGAAUUGUUUAUGAAGCAACUUACAGCCAUAUUCAAGGUGCUUAGAAAUUCCUCAGAACUAUUGUCCUGGUUUUGAGACUGAUCUGUGAUCAGUUACACAUAAGAGGAAUAAAACCAGCUUUUGUCCACUUCAGUGAUCCAUUAACCUGUCCAAUCAGUUACUUUCAAACUCUUUUACACAAGGCAGGUAGGGGCGGAGUCAAAAAAAGUUGAUAAUGCAAGUAAAAAGGGGCAGGGCUUCAGUCCUACGGUUGCGGCCAUCUUUAAUCCCUUAUCCCUGAUCCAGAACCCUGAACUUUAACUUCUGCUUUCCUCUUGAGAAGUUCUGUUGUCAGUUGUAUGUUGGGAGAUUUUUUUGGGGGGGGGGGAAUUUAGAAAUGGGCAUGAUGCAGCACCAGCACUUGAAGGGUUCCUAGAAUAUGAAAUUCCCUUCCUUCCUUCCUUCCUUCCUUCCUUCCUUCCUUCCUUCCUUCCUUCCUUCCUCUCACACCCGUCCUUUCCUUUUCCACUCCUCCCUUCCCCUUCCCUCUUUUAUUCCUCUCUCCCUCCAUUUUCCUUCUUCUCACACUCUUCCUUUCCUUUCCCACUCCUCCCUUCCUCUUCCCUCCUUUAUUCCUCCCUCCCUUUUCCUCUCUCACACCCUUCCCUUUCCCCCUUUUCUUCCCUUCCUUUCCCUUCCCUUCAGUUUUCUUUGCACUCAUAAACACCACGGAGUCAUUGGGUAUCAUGGGAGAAUUUUAUCCACUCAGUCUUUCCUCUUGCUUGAUAAAGUUACUCAGUGAGUAACUUACACAGGGCAGAAUGAGAGGCCUGGCACACGUCUUCUAAACACUGACAGCUCUGCAGAGUUGUUACAUCCAUUAUGUAUUUCAUUGUACUUAGUCUAAUUCACUUAACCUUCUAAUUUUAAUCUCAAAUUGGAAAGCAGAAUGCCCUGGAUACCAAUAAAUAAAUAUCCACAAUAGUUAAACCGACAAAUACUGGCUGUGUCCAGCAAUAUAUUUUACCAAAACUGGAAAGGGAUGGGAGGGAAACAGUCAAGAAAAUAAGGUGCACAGUUGUUCCUUCUUGCUCAACUUUUUGUACUGUAACUUAAAAAAAAAAAAACAGCAAGGAAAGUUUUUAAUUGACAAAUCGCUCCACCUCUAGAGUUGUUUAAUUUGUGGUGUGUGCAGUCUCUAUUCCUGGCAUCAUUGAUGAUGAAAAUGUGGAAAUUCCAAUCUCAAAAGACCUUGGAAAUAUCAGUGUAAAAAAAAAAAAAGCUGUAGUCUAUAUAUAUUUUCCAAAAUGAAAAAAAUUGCUCUAUAGAUCUGUUUUUUAAAAUAAUAAUAAAACACCAAACCGCACAGUCCUAUUGUAAAUCGAAUGUUUUUGCCUCUGAUUUACAUGUGCUGCAACAGUUACUUUGGGAAGGCAAGUUGGGAUUGAAAAAUGGCUUGAAAUCCUAUCAGCUACCUAUGCAAAAUAAAUAAAAGCUGACUAUUUUUUUUUCUAUUUUAUUUCUGGGAACUAUGAAAAGAUCACAAGCAAUGGGUGAACUGUUUGUUAAUCUAAUAAAGGAACUGUUUACACAC